AUGAGGAGCUGCUUCACUCUCUUCGGCUGGGCUGACAGCAAGUCGCUCUUUCCCGGGGUCCUGGCAGCUGCCCUGCGAGGCAUCGCGCGACUGAAGAUCCUCCUGGACCCUCCCAGGCCGCAAGCACAUCAACCCGCCACCAAGCAAGUCGCCGUCAAGGCUGCUGCUCGAAAGAAGAUGAGAAUGAGGGGAGUCGUCGCUGCUUUUGGUCCUGGUCGCGUGAUGGUGAGGAUUAAAGACGAGAUCGUGCAAUGUUGGCGAUCCGAGGUGGAGAAGCUGCUGCAAGGCAUGACGGUGCUGGUCGUCCCCGAGACGCAUCAUUACCACUAUCUGGCGUACUCGCAGGUGGUGGAAGGCGACAAGGCGCUUGAGAUCGGGUCUGACUUCGGUCGCUGUUCCGUCAUCCUCGCCCGUGCCUGCGGAGAUGCUGUCGGAGUCGACGUGAUGCCCGAGCGCGUCGCACAGGCACAAGCGACGUUCGGAUCCCCGAACUUGAAGUUCAUCACCCUUGAUUGCCUCAAAGAGACGGAGAAGCUGGCGGACAUCGGGAGAGGAAGGAACAAGGUGUUCAUCGACAUCAACGGCAACAGGGACCUCGACGCUGUCUUGCGGUGCAUCCGCCAUGUUCAGGAGCGAGUGCGACCUCAGCUGAUCGUCGUCAAGAGCCUCAGGCUCACUGAGAAGAUGGCGAGAGAAACUUUCACUGAGGCCUGA